GCGGCGGCGCGAUGCGGCCCCUGGACGCCGUGGAGCUGGCGGAGCCCGAGGAGGUGGAGGUGCUGGAGCCCGAGGAGGACUUCGAGCAGUUCCUGCUGCCCGUCAUCCACGAGAUGCGCGAGGACAUCGCGGCGCUGACGCGCGAGCGCGGGCGGGCGCAGGCGCGCGAGCGCGGCAAGCUGUGGGAGAUGGACAAUCUGCUCAUCCAGAUCAAGACGCAAGUGGAGGCCUCGGAGGAGAGCGCGCUCAACCACCUGCAGAGCGCGGCCGACGGCGCGCAGGCCCGGCCGGCGCCGCGGGGCGACAAGGCCGAGGAGAAGGCCCAAGAGAUGGCGAAGAUGGCCGAGAUGCUGGUGCAGCUGGUACGGCGGAUAGAGAAGGGCGAGUCGUCGUGAGGGAGCCGGCGGUUUCCAGCCAAUGGAUUCUGGUCAAGCGAUGGAGAUUGGCUGACGCCCUGGAGAAGCUGAAACCAGAGAGCCUUUUGUUUUCCCUUUUCCUCUGUCUCCACUCUGUCCUCACUUACACUACGUUUCUGCUAUGAUCUGUGGCUGAUGACCUCAAUUUGAGUUUUGACAGUUAGAUGUUUUUGUUUGGGGAAGUUACUUUUGUUUGGAAACGCUCUCACAUACAGAAUUAGGACCUAGAUUGUAAGCUCUUGCGGCAGUCACAUUGGUUUCUGGGCUUCGGUUGUUCUAAAUUUUUGAGAUGCUUUGCCUUCUCGUGUGACUUGAGAGCUCCCUGGAACUUUGGGUCUGUCAUGCGUGAGUCUCAGAGGCCGUUGGUGCAGCGCAGCUCCGGAGUCGAGGGGCUUCGCUCUUUCUCAAGACUACUCUUCGAAGCAGCUGCCUAGGAAGGGACCAGACUUGAGCUGGGUACACCCACGGGCCUGAGUGGAGAGGAGUGGCGGACCUGAAGGAGAAGUGGGGGGUGGUGUUUGUACUGGGGACUUUCAUUUCUGUGUGAGACCAAAGGAGGAGAGACGUAUUUUGUUCACAAAUUUAAAUUCUGUGUGCUGCACCAUCUGAUGUGACCUGUCUGGAGAGUUUGUUUGGACAACCUGACCCAGCGCUGGUUCCAUGGAAGCUAGCCUAGGAGAAGAGGUCCUGACCUUCUGGACAAGUCAAAGUACUGGGGGGGAUUCUGGGCAUCAACAGAAGCUAUUUGCAAAGGUCUUUGAGGGGCUGCAGGAAAAAAGCAUGGGGCUGGCUCCGAGGGUCAGCCAGGCCGCAUCUUCACAAUUCCUGUGUUAUCCAGCAGUCAGUUAAUUUGAGUAGCAGGCCUGAUGAGUAUUUGAGGUCAAAACCCUACCAUGUUUAAAAAGACAAACUUAACCAUGUUAAUAAAAGUAUUCAUUUGCUUGAAAAAGACAAAA